AUGCCAACAAUGUCCAAGAUCCGCCACACCAUCCAGAUCGACAACGGGCCAGUCCACCUCAUAGAGGUUCCGGCCCUCUCUCACGACAACUGGCCCAACCUUCUUCGGGACUUUCCCAGCCCCACCGCCCCCGACUUCGUCACGAGUGCUACCGAGUGGGCGACCCGCUCGGCUGUGCGCGAGCGCGUCCUCCUCGAGGCGCUCGAAUGGAGCGUCGUCCAGAGUCACCUCGCCAACGACCCCGACGCAUAUUACCAUGACCCGAGCAUGGUCGGCAUUGUGUCGGCGCUGAAGAGUGCCGAGAUCAUUAUCUUACAACAGCUCGGUGUUGGCAUUGAGGUCAUCGACGACGACAAUGCCGACGGAAAUGUGAACUCCUCGGCUGAGGCCGACAUCUCGACCGAGAGUGAAAACAGCGAUAACGACCAAGGAUCUUCCCAGUCGCCACCCACGCCCCCUGCAACGCACCUGUCGCCGCGCCCUCGUAGCGUAUCAGGCAAGAGCAAGAGCCUUUCCACCGAGCCGCACACCCUUUCUGAGGUGCCUCUAAGUAUUCUUACCGUGACAGAGAAGGACAACAAGGACAAGGGUAAGGGCAAGUCGCCUCCCACGGCUCAGUCGAAUGCGCCCCAGCUCCUUGGCCACCGAAGCGAAUCAGCACAGGUCGAGAUCAACAAGGCCGAAGACCAUAAAGUGACGCUGGAGCAGGAGCCUAAGAAGAACGUCACUCGCCGCGUCACCCGCAGCCAGGUGAACGCCGAGUCCAGCCAGAACAUCGCCAACGUGGGGCCUCGCCGCAGUGCCCGCCAGGCGAACGCUCAGAACAGUGCCGCUACGAACCACCUCAGUGUCCCGAAGACCGAGACUGCCGAUUGUAGCUCCCCUCGCCUCCGCGACAUGACGGCAAAAGCUAAGAAGUAG